AUGCCAGAGAGUUGGUCAUCCCACUCCACGAGGGCCGCAUGUACCAUCACUCAGAUUCUCACCACUUCUGCUACACCAACACGCGUGUCCCACAAUGGCACGACAUAUGGACGAGAACACAGAUCCGGGUCAACAGCAGCCGGAUGAUCCGAGUCACCCAGGUGGACAGCGAGGAGGCUCUGGAGGAGUUCAAAGUGUGGAAUGUUGUUUUCUCCUUCUUGAAGGAGAAGCUGAACGAUACCAGCAUCGAUGUAGAUCUCUACAGCAACAAAACCUGCCUGAAGGUCGAGCUGCUGGAGGCCGGCACCACCUACUGCGUCGUCCUCUUCCGACGCUUUGACCCUAAGCUAUUCCUAGUUUUCUUCCUGGGCCUGUUGUUGUUCUUCUGUGGAGACAUGCUGAGCAGGAGCCAACUCUUCUACUACUCAGCCGGGAUUAGUUUUGGCUUGCUGGCCUCACUGCUCAUCCUUGUCUACAUGAUGUCCAAGGUCAUGCCCAAGAAAAGUCCUGUUUACUUCCUGCUGGUAGGAGGCUGGUCCUUUUCCCUGUACCUGCUUCAGCUGAUCUUCAAGAACCUACGGGAGAUCUGCAAGUCCUACUGGCAGUACCUCCUAGGCUACCUGCUGCUUGUGGGCUUCGUGAGCUUCGGUGUGUGCUACAGGUACGGCCCGCUGGAGAACGAGCGCAGCAUCAACCUCCUCUCCUGGGCCCUGCAGCUCCUGGGCCUGUUGCUGAUGUACUCGGGCAUACAGAUCCAUCCCAUUGCCUUGGCCUUGGUGGUCAUCGCUGUCUGCACCAAGAAUCUGGACUACCCCAUGCAAUGGGCCUUCGCUGCCUACAG